AUGCCGAUCCAGAAGGUGCAUGCACGUCAGAUCUUCGACUCCCGUGGCAACCCCACCGUCGAGGUGGAAAUCACCACCGAAGCGGGCGUUUUCCGCGCCGCCGUUCCUAGCGGCGCCUCCACGGGCGAGAAUGAGGCUUGCGAGUUGCGUGACAGCGGCAAGGACUACAUGGGCAAAGGUGUCUCGAAGGCAGUCGACAAUGUGAAAUCCAAGAUCGCACCUGCUCUCAUUGGCAAGGACCCGACAGAUCAGCAGGGCAUCGACAAGAUCAUGAUAGACUUGGAUGCUACGGAGAACAAGACGAACCUUGGAGCCAACGCCAUUCUGGGUGUUUCCAUGGCCUGCUGCCGGGCUGGUGCGGCACAGAAGGGCAUUCCCCUUUUCAAGCACAUCAACGAAAUCGCAGGCAAGCCUCUCAUGUCAAUGCCUGUGCCGUGCUUCAACGUCAUCAACGGCGGCGUCCAUGCUGGCAACUUCUUGGCGUUCCAAGAAUUCUUCCUCAUCCCCGUUGGCGCCAAGACCUUCGCGGAGGCCAUGAAGCUGGGGUCGGAGACCUACCACAACCUGAAGGGCAUCAUCAAGAAGAAGUAUGGCCUUGACUCAACUGCCGUGGGCGACGAGGGCGGCUUCGCCCCAGCCGUGGCGGAUCCGGAAGAGGGGCUGAAGCUACUCAUGGAAGCCAUCAGCCAGGCUGGCCACGAGGGUAAGAUUCUCAUUGGUUCGGACCCCGCGUCCUCAGAGUUCUGGAAGGGUGACGAGCAGAAGUACGACAUGGACUUCAAGAGUAGCAACCCCAAGCCGGAGAACAAGAAGACUCGGGAGGAGAUGGUUGCUACCUACAAGCGUUUUUGCGACACUUACCCCAUUGCACUGCUCGAAGACCCCUUCGCCGAGGAGGACUUCGAGGGCCACUCACAACUCACUGCCCUGGUAGGCGACAAGGUCGAGAUUGUUGGUGAUGACCUCUACUGCACCAAUGUCAAGCGUGUGCAGAUGGGCUUGGACAAGAAGGCCACCAACGCCAUGCUUCUGAAAGUGAACCAAAUCGGGAGCGUCUCGGAGUCCAUCGCGGCCUGGAAACUCUGCCGUGACAAUAAGUGGGGAGUCUUCGUGUCCCAUCGCUCCGGAGAGACGGAGGAUACCUUCAUUGCCGACCUUACUGACGGCCUCCACUACACACAGGCUGCUACCGGAGGAACUCAUACGGUGCUGCUGCGGAGCGAUGGCGAGGUGGAAGUCUUCGGCGCCAUCCUUUUGAAUGUCCGAAAUCAGACCCGCCACGUGCCUUUCGAGAUUGUGCCGGAGCUGCCUUCUGGAACGACAUACACACAGGUUGCUGCCGGCUUCCACCACGCCAUCGCACUGCGCAGCGAUGGCCAGGCGUUUGCCUUUGACGAAGGCUAUGUCGACGAGCAGCAUCGGCGCCGACGCUGCGUUGAGAUCCCGCCUCCCCCAAGCGGCCUGCGCUACGUGCAAGUGGCUGCAGGAAAUCUGCACAGCUUGAUGCUGUUGGAUUCUGGCGACGUGGUGAUUGCAGGGAAUCGCCAGUUUCCGUGUUGUGUGGUGCCGCCGAAGCCCGAGUCCGUGAGGUACAAGCAGGUAGCUGCUGGAGACCGGUUUUCGUUGUUCCUGCGCACCGAUGGAGUUGCGGUGGCUUCCGGCACAGUCCCUGAAGAUGGCAAGCGCGUGAAUCUGGAGAUCCCCGAGCCGGGACCCGGGAUGGCGUACGUGCAAAUUUCGGCGGGCGCCGACCACGCCGCGCUGCUGCGCAGUGACGGGAGGGUGGUGGCCGUGGGAUCGAACGGCUACCGGCAGUGUGAGAUGCCACCACCGAUAGCAGAGGAUCCGUAUGUGCAGGUGAUGGCCAGGGGCCACCACACGAUCCUCAUCCGGGCCAAUGGUUCGGCAGUGGGCGUCGGCCGAAAUGAUGCUGGCCAAAUUGACAUCCCCAGCCUGGAGGCAGACUAUGCCUACGUGGAUGUCGCAGCGGCCGAACACAACACCGUCGUGCUGCGCAGUGACGGCCAUGUCCAGGCCUUCGGAGGAAACUACCAUGGCCAAUGCAACAUACCACCACUCCACCCGGGUGAGCGCUACACCCAGGUGGCUUGCGGCUACGGACACAUAGUGCUGCUGAAGAACAGUGGCACAGUCGUGGCCUGCGGUACCAACAAAAAUGGCCAGUGUGACAUCCCUGCACUGGACAGUGGCACGACCUACACACAGGCCGCCGCGCUGGAGGGUGCCAGCCUUCUCCUCCGCAGUGACCAGCGCCUUGUUCUAUGCGGCGCCGGCGAUUUUCUUCCGCCGGAGCUUUUGGAGGAGAGGGCCGCGAAGGUGCGUGCCGGCCGCUCCCACGUGGUUUUGCUGCGGCCGGAUGGCAGUGCGGCAGCUUACGGGAGCAAUGGCCUCGGCCAGUGCAAUCUUCCGGCCCUCGAGGAGGGAAUCUACGUGGAUGCCGCGGCGGGCGGCUACCACACGGUGCUCCUGACCAGUCGGGGCGAAGCGUUGGCUGUGGGCAGCAAUGCUUUCGGGCAGUGCGACAUUCCAAAGCUGGAGGGCGCCCUGACCUACACCAGCGUGGCGGCAGGCCAGAAGGUGACUCUGCUGGUUCGCAGUGAUGGGUGCAUUGUGUCAUGUGGCCGGUAUGGUGAUGAGCAGUACGAUCUCCCGGCACUGCCACCUGGUCUCUCCUACACCCGGGCGGCCGCUGGCACCUUCCACGCUGCUCUACUCAGGAGCGAUGGCUGCGCCAUUCACGUUCCGACCGGCGAUAUGCUCAUCUUGAAGCAGUGGUCCGAAGCUUCCGGAGACGGCGUGCCAAAGAAGUACGUGCCAAAUGCGGCCUUCCUGCCCAUCAGUGGGCGGAUCUGCCAACUCGAUCUCCGACCGAACGGAGACAAAAUCCGAGUUCAGUUGAUGAGCGUUUCGGGAGAUCCCAUCAGAGAGCUGGACGUCGAGGCCAGCUGCACAAUGCGUGCGCUGCAAGCCUCCGUAGACCUGCAGUUGAACGAGGCCUGCCAGCUGAUCCUGCCCGGGGGCCGGUCGGUGCAGCAGGCCCCGCACGUCACGGUCCGGGAGGCGAUGGUGGAGCUCGGUGUGGAAGCCACGCAGGGCUACCGCUGA